GAGGAACUACUUCUGUAUGUGUGUGAGGGUGAUGAGUGUGCAUGUUGUGUUUGCCUUCUCUGAUGUUUGAGGUCGUUUGCUUCCACCUGUACACAGAGGACAUAUUAAUAUUUCACCGCCAUGAGUCGGACCACCUUUUUUGAGGUGAGGGUCCUGAAUGGCAAGACCAAAGAGCAUCUUUGUUUUUUAGAUAAGGUUGAGCCUUGUUCAACAAUAGGAGACAUUAAAAGCCUCUUCCACAAAUCAUAUCCUCACUGGUAUCCAGCAAGACAAGCCCUGAGCCUUGACCCCAAGGACAAAUCACUCAGAGACGAAGACAUUUUACAGAAUCUACCAGUCGGGACUAAUGCUACCAUGUACUUCAGAGAUCUUGGUCCACAGAUAGGUUGGACUAUGGUGUUUCUGGCAGAGUUCAUCGGGCCCCUUCUCACCUACCUCCUCUUCUAUUUUCGUGUGCCGUACAUUUACUCUCACAGAUAUGCCUUAACCUCUAGUCCUCAUCAGGUUGUCAGACUAGCCUGUGCCUGUCACACCUGCCACUAUAUGAAGAAGUUGAUAGAGACUAUCUUUGUGCAUCGUUUCUCCCAUGGGACCAUGCCUCUCAGGACGAUAGUCAGGAACUGUUCCUAUUACUGGGGUUGCUCUGCUUGGUUGGCCUACUAUAUCAACCAUCCACUUUAUACACCUCCAUCAUAUGGAGAACUACAAGUCAACUAUGCAUUAUUCAUAUUUAUGAUGUGUGAACUGGGAAACUUCUCCAUUCACUUGACUCUAAAUAAUCUCAGAGCAGAGGGAUCCAGGUGCAGAAGAUUUCCAGCACCAACAAAGAACCCCUUCACAUGGCUAUUUUUCUUUGUUUCCUGUCCAAAUUACACAUAUGAGGUUGGAGCUUGGAUGAGCUUUUCCAUCAUGACCCAGUGUCUGCCAGUGGCAUUGUACACAUUACUGGGGUUCCUUCAGAUGGCCAUCUGGGCCAAAGGGAAGCACAGAGCCUACAGCAGGGAGUUCAAGGACUAUCCCAGCGUCCGGAUGGCCAUUAUCCCCCUGGUUCUCUGAUAUUGAUCAAAACAAAAUGAACUAUUGUAGCAUACAAGUUAUGUAUUUUCACAGUCCUCAAGGGUUUUGCACUUACAGUAAACGAUGUUUGCUGCUACUAAGGCCAAUACUAUGCAAUAUAUUUUAUAUAUCUAUGUACUGAAAGGGGUAGGAAUGUAAAUAUUAUGGCAAUAUACUGGAACAUCUAAAAAAUAUAAUACGUUCAUUUUUUGUUAGUUUGUUCCCAAUGAGUAUUUAUCAUUACAAGCUGACUUAUUACCCCACAGGUUGAGACACUUAUGUUCAAUGACACAUGCUUGAAGCACUAAAAGCAGAUGUUAAAUGAUGCUAAUAAUAAGCUUCUCCACCAUUUAUCUCAGAUUUGUACUUAAGAGAAAUGGAAAACUAUACUGUAGAAAUGUGACUUCUGGAAUGAAUGUGUAGAGGACUCAUCAGUCAAUAAUAACUGUUGUUCUCCAGCCCUACUGUCUAAUCUCAGGUUUUAAAACUGUUAUGUAUUGUAUGUGUAUGUGAGUGACUUGAGUUAAAAAUACAUCACACAUGAUUUCU